AUGUUUUCACCCCUCCUCCUUCUAACCCUCACCCUCGACGCAAUCGCUACCUCCCCUUCCUCCUCCCUCAACACAACCAACCUCACGCAACAUCCCUCCCGCGUCGCACCACGCUUCAUAUCAGGCGGUUUCUACGACAAAUGCAAAGACGUACGCUUCUACCUCGCCAAAGUAGACGAUGCACAUCCCCGCAAGAACAGCUUCAACGGGUACAAGUCUUCACCGUGGCUUGUAGCGAAAUGUCCUGAUAAGAAUGGAAAGUAUCUCUGUACGUGGUUGGCGCUGAGUAAGUGUUUGCUUAACUCGGAGGGGGAGCUAUAUCGUGGAUCAAAUGGCAAUUUUCACGGGUCGUGUACGGCGUGUAAGUUGACUGGCAGUAACUUCAACUGCGGCUGUUGGAGUGGUUUGAAGAAGGGCAAGAAUGAUUUCGGGAACCGGGUUCAUCGAACGAGUAUCGAUUUGAAUGUUGCUGUUGGCGCUGUUGAUGGGUUUUUGACCUGUCAUGGGAAUUGGGGAAUCCUCGAUUAUUGCAGUGGAAGGCCAUCGCAUGAUCCUUUUCUCGAUUCCAAGUGA